UCCGGCUUGUGGACAACAUUAAUUAUACGGACGAUGAAGAUUUUUGUUCCAUUUUUCGCUUCAGUAUGUUACUGCGCCACGACGCCCGCUGCUCAGAUAACAUGCGCCACAACAACAUGCAGGUCGGACCAGUACUGCCAGGAAAUCCCGGGGGGAACGAUCUGCAGAGUGUGUGAUAAUGCAUGUAAUGGGUGCACGGGUUUUGGUCCAACAAGAUGUAAGGAAUGCCAGCUUGGAUUUCAAAAUGUCAGUCGAGUCUGCACGGCCUGUCCUAACGAAACCUUUGGCUUCAACUGCAGUGGGACGUGUCGCUGCUUAUUUAGUUGUGACCCUCAAACUGGAAACUGCGGCCAAUUUUCUUGUGCUCAAGGAUGGUCCGGACCUCCGAAGUGUCAAACACCCUGUAGCAAUACAACGUUCGGGUCUAACUGUAACUAUCAGUGUCACUGUCCCCCGGAAGAUAGUUGCUCGCCUAUCAACGGCUUGUGCAGUAGUAACCAGUGUGCCGUCGGUUGGUCAAGUGCCGGAUGCCAAAACGAACUUCCUCAGUUGACGAACCCACCGACGGCAGAAAACGUGACCUGUUCAAAUGCAACUGUCGUCUGGCAGGGCUGGCAGAGAAAUAUGGACCGUGGUAAUCCGGACAGGCCAAUAGCUCAAUAUGAGCUGUACAUGUCAUAUAACGCUUCAAGAGAGGCUGAACCCGAAUGGCGUCACGUGAGGAACGUCCAACAUAACGCCAAUGUGAAUGAGUAUCGCGUGUUUCUCGCCGUCCGCGAGCCAGACGUGUUCUAUGUGUUCCGUGUUGACGUCAGACAACAAGAUGGCGACAAACUCAUGAGAUAUGUCUUAGAUGGAAAGGUUUCAAAGGAGAUAUUUAUACCGUGUACAAUGACAGGUUCUAUUGGCAUGAUGACAACCGUUGGUAUGACAACCACGACGGUGAUGAUGACAUCAACUACAGUAGCAACUACAGUGGACCCAAUUCACGCUAUCGUUCAGAACGUGUUCUGCCAGAACGCUGCAUGCAUUUCUUGUGCCAAUGAUUUACAAAUACUUUGUGGAUCUGACGGACAGCUGUACCCUAAUCAGUGCACGUUGGCGAAACAGAGAUGUGUCGACCCGACACUUACCGUGGCGGACAUGUCGACAUGUCCGAAACCAGGUCGAUAAGUCGAUGUACCUAUGUUACAAUGAUACAGUCUUAGUUUGUUAAACGUUUCUUUAUCUCAAAUAAAUAAGAAAAUCAG